AUGGAGAAGCAGCCGGAGAAGCAAGCCGCCGCCGAGCCCGCGGACUCCGGAGGGGAAGGCGGGGCGGGCGGGCCGCCACAGGUCGCCGGCGCCCAGGCGGCGCGCAGCGAGGACCGCAUGACCCUGCUGCUCAGGCUGAGAGCACAGACAAAACAACAACUCUUAGAGUAUAAGUCGAUAAUUGAUGCAAAUGAAGAAAAAGCUCCACAACAAAUCAUGCAAGAAAAGCAAAUUGAAGCUAAAAUUGAAGACCUGGAAAAUGAAAUUGAAGAGGUAAAAAUUGCUUUUGAAAUGAAAAAUCUUGCAUUAGACAGGAUGCAACUUUCAACUGCGCUUAAAAAAAACCUGGAAAAAAUUGACACCAAAACUAGUGUGCUCAUGGAUAACAUGAAACAUGUAUUAAAACUAAAUAAAUUAAUAAUGAAAUCACAACAGGAGUCUUGGGAUUUAGAGGAAAAACUGCUUGAUGUUAGAAAGAAGAGACUGCAAUUAAAACAAGCUUCAGAAAGUAAGCUUUUAGAAAUACAGACUGAAAAGAACAAACAGAAAGAUGAUUUGGACAGUAUGGAAAAUUCGGACAAGAUAAAGACCAUACAACAAAACCUACAGAAGGAGAUACAAAUUACUACAGUUAUUCAACAUGUGUUCCAGGGCCUCAUUUUGGGGAGUAAAGCCAAUUGGGCAGAGGAUUCUGCCUUUAAGGAAACUGUUCUGCAGCUUGAGAAGAAUCUCACCACAAUCUAA